AUGCCACAUCUGUUGGACGCCGGAGAUGAAGUGGAGUAUUCAAUACGCAUAAGCAGUGGUUUCCAAGUGAAGAAGUUUGGGGUCAACCUCAUUUAUGAGAAUGAUAAGAAGGAUUGCCACUCCUAUUUUGAAGCAAUGGUCAAGAAUGCAUCACUUCCUUAUAAAGAUGAUUUUCUAGAUGAAGAUGUUUCAACAGAUCAACCAAUGGCUGGUGAUAAGAAAAUCAACCUUUCUGAUUUACAGAAGUCUAGAUUUGAUGAUAAGAAAAAAGGGAUUGCCACCUCUUUAGAUGCAUCUAAGCGUGGAUGCUUGUCAGCUCGAGAGACAACCCAACAGCAGUGGGACGAGGAGCUUGCUGCUCAUUUACAGGAUAAGGAGGAUGUCUCAAUUGCACAGCAUUGUGAGCUGACCGCCACGAUUUUGGAGGAUCCAACCGUUGUUCCUGAGGACCACAGUGCUCUUGUGGAGGCUGAGGAUGGACUUUCCGAAGGUGAUAGGGAACGCAGUUGGAGCGACUUCCAUAAAAAUCAGCCAGGGACUACGGUUUUUGAGGGCGGGGCUCCCUUUGAGCUGAACAUGUACUCAUCAGGUAUUCCAAGAAUGAACUUUGUGAGCCUAACUAAGCCCCUAAGAAGUCUGGAGGCUGAGCGAAUGUCAUGGGAGGUAGAGCGCCAGAUUCUGCACCAUCAGAAUGCUGCUUUGGAGAGAGAGAAUUUUCGCCUUCGUAUGGAAUUAGCAAAUGCCAGGCAAUUUGCUCCUCAACUCCACAUGGGUCUUCCCCGUCCACACUUGGCAUUCGAGAGGGCUUCUUCUUUAGCAUCAGCCUCUAUUCAACCUACAAUUGCAGCCACUACUCCUGUGGCUUCGACGAGAACAAACACUCUUGGUUUGGAUUAUCCUAAUUUCCUUGCCGGACCAGUUCUUGGCUUCCAAAGCGUCAAUAACCCAUCAGGAUCUUCUCCACCUAAUGGAGGCUCUCACCUCCCACAAUAG